UUAAGGUCCGACUUCCCCUCGUAAAAAUGUGAUGAAUGACCCACCCCUCCCGUCCUCUCCGGGAUGGGCGGUCACUGUUUCACUUCUCCCUUCAAAUGAGGUAUUGAAAUGUAGAUGCCUUCAAACGAAUAGCUGCCACUCUGUAGAGCGCCACUAACAUCAUGAAUCCCACGGGCUUUCCCAUUGCGGCAUCGAUAGAGUUUAAAGAGUUUGGAGAGGAGUCCUCGGAGGGAGACGCGGAGGAUCUUGACAGUGUCAAGGCGCUUACGGAGAAGCUGAAGCUCCAGACGCGCCGGCCAUCCUAUCUGGAGUGGCAGGAGCGGGUGCAGAGCCGCUCUUGGAGGGAGCAAAGUUCCGAAGCCUGUCCAGACUCUGAGGGACAAGACGCGUCCAUCCCAGCUGCUUUGGAGAACCCGGAGCUGGUGGUGCGCAACUUUUGCGGCUUUGAAACUAUUGAUGACGCGUUGGAGUUUCUGAGGAAAGAGCUUAGAGCAAUGCAAGUCCAGGACAACCGUUUGGCCCGUCAGCUGAUCCGCCUGCGCACGGAGAUCCACCGGCUGAAGGUGGAGCAGGUCUGCGACCGCCACAAGGAGAUGCUGGACGACGCCACGUACGAGCUGGAGGAGUGCGGGGAGGAGUCGGACCUGCUGUGUGACAUCCCCAUGAAGGCCGCCUUCGCCCUGUCCACCCCCCUGAAGCACCUGGGCCUCACCAAGAUGAACAUCAACUCAAGGCGUUUCUCCCUGUGCUAAAAACCCGGCCGCCCUUUUCCCACACAACCGAGGAUGUGUCCAUCUCCUCUCCUGUGUUUGCUUAGGCAGGUUUUUCUAGAGCUGUUUCCUCCUUCACCCAGGUGUCGCGGGGACAAAGGGAGGAGCAGCUGCCAACAGUUGCGGCCAGGACUGAAAAUGAAAAUGAUAUGCUGGCGUGACAUUAAUGAAUGAGGAAAAACUCUUUUGCGUGCACGAGGACUUGUGGAGGAACAACUUUUCCAACAGUCAGAGCUUCCUGCUGAAGUGAGUCUGAGCUGUUCUGCUGCUGGCUGUUUUUGUACAGAAUGAGUCACGAGAUGUAGAUUUAAAUGUCACGUAUAAUUAGAAUGUAAAAUGUCCAAGAUUAAGGAUUUAUGAUUUUAUCAUGAACAAAAUGGUUUCGUAAAGGCCAAAGAAGCCCAAAUAGAAAAAUAGAAUUGUGUUGCCGAGGGAUUGUUAGAAAAUGGGAACAUUAAAAGCCCCCAUGCCAAUUGGGGGCUUUGACUGAGGUCACGUAACUUCAGAAGGCAUUACCCCAAACCGAAGCGUGAUCAUUGGGAUUAAAAGUGCAAAUGGAAUGAAAAAAAAAAGUAAACAAUUAAAUUAGCUUCAAAGCCCUGAAAUUAAAUAGAGGCUCACUUAUUUUUUUUCUAAACUGGUUAGAUGCAGUGAUGAGGGUCUAUAAUGGUUUUGCUUUAGGUUGUCACAUGCUUUGAUGAAAUCAAAGAGUUCCCAGACGGUUCGCACAGUCGGAUCACAUAAAACGAAAUGUUCAGCAAGUCUUCAAAGUCAACACAGUCCCUCAGUGCAGAGACUUGCCUCUGAGUUCUGAAAGCCUUAACUGUCCUGACAGGGAGCAGGUCACAUUUUUUACACCUCACCUUCACAAACCAAAGAUAUCUUUACAGCUCCAGCACUGCAGCGAAAGAAGCUGGGGGGGCUGUUUUUGCUUCCCAGCAGCAUGUCCAGAUGACAACAGAUAAUUCUGUAAAGCGGAUUAAUGUAUUUUGGUAUGAAGUGGUGAAUUAAAACUAUAAAUUGUUUCUGUCUAAACAAGUAAGACGAAUGAAUGAAUUCUUUUUAGAUUCAGUUGCAGUUAUGUUAGAUGUUGAAAACAUCUACUGAUCUUUUUAGAAAGCACUAUAAAAAAAAAGGUAAAAUGUAUAAUGUACCUAUCUUAAAGAAAAAUGCUUGUAAAAAUGUUUUUUUCUUUGUAAUACAUAAAAAAUAUCUUGUGAAGUAAAGGAUUUGUUUCUGCAUCACGUCUACCCUACAUUAUUUAAACAUGUAGACAUUUACAGAUGGACAAUCCCGA